UUUUUUUUUUUCUUCCAGUUCAAUUGGAUCAUUGUCAUCACUUUCUCUUCAACCUCUUUCCCUUUCACUCAUACCCUCACAAUAUAUAUAUAAUAAUAAUAAUAAUAACAGUAAAUGUCUACAGAGAAAGAAGGAUUCCCUCCGCAUGAGAAAACUGAAUAUCUCGAAGAAGAUCAUGUCCACCAUCCUUUAGGUCGCCCUGCUUCCUUCAAGGCCGAUGAUUAUGUGCAUCCUGAUCAGUCGGUGGAUUUCCAAGAGGAUAAACGCUCAGAUAAUGGGAAUGCACAGUUUAAUGACGAAGAAUUUCCACCUGAAGAGCAUCAAUUCACUUGGCGCGCAGCUAUCGUCGGUUCUCUUUUAGGAUGUGUUGUCGCAGCCAGUAAUUUGUAUGUCGGUCUCAAGAUCGGUUGGACUUUUGGUGCCUCGCUUUGGGGAGCCAUUUUUGGAUUCAUUAUUCUUAAGCCUUUAUCUCGACUCAUGGGCGAUUCAUUUGGACCCCGUGAAAACGCCACUUGUCAAGCUGCAGCCACCACUGCUGGUGGCCUCUCUACAGGCUUUGUUACUGCAAUCCCUGCGCUGUAUCGAAUGGGCUUAAUGGGUGAGGGUCAUAUGCCCAAAGAUGAUGUUCUCACCUUGGUUCUCUGGACUACAUGUGCUGCCUUCUUUGGCAUGUUCUUUGCUGUCCCUCUUCGUACCCAUUUUGUCAUCAACCAAGAUUUGGUCUUCCCUACACCUCGCGCAGCAGCAGAGACAAUUCGAAAUCUGCACAAGACUGGAUCCAAGGCUGCUGCAGAUGCCAAGAAGACUGCAUUGGUCAUGAUCAUCUCCUUUUUUGUGGCUAUGGCAUUUGUCCUCCUUGGUAACUUUAUCCCCGGUAUCUUUGACACAGUCCAUAUCCUCUACUGGAUCGGGCAUGCAACCAGUUACUUGAAGAUGCAGCAUGCGGAUCAGGUCUGGGGUUGGGCUUUUAGCUUUGACUUCUCAUUCUUUGGUGCCGGUCUGAUGACUCCUGGAUCUACUGUCUGGUCAUUCAUGCUUGGAGAGUUCAUCGCGUAUGGUCUGGCGGGCCCUUUGAUGGUUGAUUCAGGUUACUUGGAGGGUCCCCGCGGUUUCACCGAGCCCCGCAAUGGUACAGCUCAGUCAUGGUUCCUUUGGCCCGGUAUUGCCCUGAUGGUCUUCACUGCCUUUGGAGAACUAGGUGUCAAUGGAAAAUCGCUCUGGCACGGUGUCACUAGUGGUGUUCAGGCUGCUCGUAACUUGAUUCGCCGUUUGACAAAACGUAGUCAGCUGGCAGAUUCGAGUAACUAUGUUAGUAAGGAUCCUGUUCCUCCUCACCUUCAAGUCCCUACACUCUGGUGGGUCAGCGGACUGCUUGUCUCGGGAGUGUUUACGAUUGUUUUGAUGGCUGUUGAUUUCAAGGUGCCAGUAUAUUCAACUAUCAUUGCCAUCAUCCUGUCAUUUAUGCUUGCGUUUGUGGGACUUCAAGCCUCAGGCGAGACUGAUAUCAAUCCUACAGGAUCGAUUGGUAAAGUUACCCAGUUGGUCUUUUCUCGUUUCCCUGGAGAAUUGGCAGUAGUCCAGAAGACCAACCUGAUGUGCGCCAAUAUCUCGGCUUCUAUCUGCUCUCAAGCCGUCGAUAUGGUCGGAGAUUUGAAGACAGGUCAUUUAUUGAAUGCCUCACCUCGUUCUCAGUUCUUGGCUCAAAUGGUGGGCUCAGUCUUCGCAAUCGCUGCAGCAGUUCCAUUGUUUAUUCUUUAUACAGAGGCUUAUCGUUGUAUUGUGGAUGCUUCGAUCAAGAAGUGUGAAUUCGGUUUGGUCGCAGUCGUCACCUGGCAAUCUGUCUGCGAGAUCUUGACUACUGGAGGCUCUGUCCCACGUGGCUCAUGGAUUACGGCGAUUGUGUUUGCGUUCCUUGCGAUUGCUAACAUUUUGAUCCGCAUCAAAUUGGUUCCUGAGAAGUACCGCCCAUAUUGGAUCAAUUUGAACGCCGUGGGUCUUGGUAUGAUUAACCCUUCACCUGCAUUAGCAUUGGCUAUGGUCAUAGGCUGGACUGGAGGCAGGAUCUGGAAGCGAGUCAAUCAAAUGUCUCAUGAAAAGCUGAUGUACAGUGUUGCAGGUGGUUUCAUCAGUGGUGUCGGUGUUGCUGGCAUUAUUAAAGCUUUGUUGGUGUUGGGUAAGGUCAAGGAUGGAUCCGUCCAGUGGGCCUGCAACAGCGAUAUUUGCUGAAGAAGCAAAC